UGUUGGGAUCAGAGGACGCAAAUCAAGUGAAACAAAUCUCCUGUCAGGAGAAAAGUUCAUGCUGGAGUUUUCAAAGACCUCAGAGGGCCUCAUGAAGUCCAAGCUGAAUAUGGAGAGUUUGACCAAGCCAGAGUUGCUGAUGCUUUUCAGCAUCCUGGAGGGAGAGCUGGAGGCGCGGGACCUGGUCAUUGAUGCCCUAAAGGCCCAACGUAAGGAGCUGUUUAUCCAGGAGCGCUAUGGCAGGUACAACCUCAGCGACCCCUUCCUGGCCCUACAGAGAGACAGCGAGGCUGUCGGGGACCUGAACAAGGACCCGGGCUGUUCCUCCUCCACCUCCAACCCUCUGGUGGUUCUCAAGUUGGUGGUGAGCCACUGCAGGAGGAUGCAGGAGAAGAUGUUGGCCCAGCUGGCCGCAGCGGAAAGCAGGCACCGAAGGGUCAUUGCAGAUCUGGAGGAGGAGAAGAGGAGGCAUGCCGAGGACACAGCCGAGGGAGAUGAUGUCACUUACAUCCUGGAGAAGGAGAGGGAGCGCCUACAACAACAGCUGGAGUUUGAGCGAAGCCAGGUCCGACGGUUGGAAAAAGAGCAGCGGAGGAUUACUGACCAGCUCGAAGAAGAACGGGCUCAGCACAAACAGCUCUCCUGCGCUUUGGCCAAAGAGUGCAAGUGGGCAAGUGCCAGAGCUCUGGAGGAGGGUCACCGUCUGACAGAGCUGAGCCGCAAACUUGACAAGGAGGCGGCAGCUUGCCAGGCCCUGAGAAAUGAGCUGGAGGAUGAGAGGAGGAGAGCCCUGAGGAUGGAGGCGAGGGUGGAGGAGCAGCUGGCCGAGUUCGACACAGAGCGAGAGCAGCUCCGCUCACGUUUGAAGAAGGAGGAAGCUCACUGCUGUCAGCUCCAACAACAGGUAGAAGAGCUGAGAAAGAAGCUGGAGGAGGGGAAUAUGACAAGAGAUGUUGGAGAGGCAGUUACAGCUCCAGUAGAGGCAGGAGGAAAGGAGUGGGCCACAAAAGUUUCUCCGGGAAAAUUAGCAGUAGACAUUGCAGUAGAGGACAUUGAGGAAGACAGAAGCCAGAAACCUGUGCAGCCAAAAGUUAACGGUCACCACUGUCCAAUGGAGACUAACGGGCAGCUCCACGGUCCAAAGAACACACUCUCAGAGAACAUCUGCCUACAGAAUGGGAUUGAAAAUUCUCCGAUCCAUCAGACCCAGACAUCAUUUCCCUCCACAAUCCCUCCUUCCUCCCCAUGUGUCUCGCCUGUCCUUACCAAACGCACACCAGGCAGCCCAAGCCCUGGCAGCUACCAGUCUCCCUACCAGGCCGGGAUCAACCAGCGCUUCCACGCUGCUCGACAUAAGUUCCAGGGUACCACAGACCCAGAGCCUCAGUCCCAAGCGCCACAGCCCGCUCUUCCUCUCUCGCCAAAGGACGUCCCCCCUGUGACCAGCAGCUCCUCCCCAGAAGCCAGCCCAGUCAAGCAGAUGGCUCGCAGCACAGUCACUCAAGUCCUAUCUCGCUUCACCACCGUCCAGCAGAGCGCCACGCCAAAGCUCAUGCCACCAAACAACUCACCCUUUGGCACAGACUACCGUAGCCUGGCAGCACCCUUGUCCCCGAUCAUUGGAAGGGCCGCAGCGGCGCUUCCACAGGGGAUCAGAUCACCCACCAUCUCCAGAGCAGACAGGGGAAACCCUCCACCCAUCCCCCCCAAGAAGCCUGGUCUGGCGCAGGCCCCUCCCUCCCCGGCCGCAGUGCCCAGGUCUGCCAGCCACUUCUCCGACAGCCCGCUGUCAGGCAGCUGUGGCCUCACCUCCAGCCAGGAGGGAGUCAAAGAACUAGACAUGGUGGUUUCUUCUAAUUAACGGAUUAGUCAAUAAUUUAGUCCGUUGCUGCUCUGGUUGUGACACGAUGGUUUAAUCCACAUCUCAUAAUUAUGAUGAUAUUAUUUUGUACAUGACAGGAUUUAUAUCCUAUGCUCAUUGAACAGAGGUCCCUUCAAACACUGUUAUUAAUGUAUUUAUUAGAUUGUUUUUCUUUUAAGUGCUGACUCACUAUUUUAGAUAGUGAUUAAAGGGCUGGUACUAAUGAAGAGUUACAACUCAUAUAUUUAGUUUCAGAUGUGCCUAUACUUAGGCACACCAUACUGUUACAUUAUAAUACUUUUUUAUGAUGUCAUUUAUCCAAAGAUUUUUACAUCAGUUUAUGACCUAAUGAGGUAUUAUUUUUUUCCUAUAGUAUGUUGCUUGUUAUUGCAAAUACUGUAAUCUUGAGACCAAAAGUAACAAGUUGUCCUUGGACCAAUCUAUGUUAAAAUGUAUAUAAUAUGUAUGACUCAAUUCAGUGUGUACUCAUAUGUGUUUUUUUAUAAAAGUGUACAGUUCAUUUUAUAAAUGUUCCUUAGAUAUUGAUGUUGAUGAUAUUGAUAGUUCUACACAACAGAUAAUCUAAUUAUCAGUGCUGUACUGAGCUUUGUUCAUGUAUUACUUUAAUGUUGCAGUUAUGAUAAUUUUAUCGGCUCAGAGUAUACGAAGACACCAUUGUACAAUAUCUUGUUUAAUAUAAGUGAUUCUGACUGAUGUCUGGCCUUUAUCAUUUAUAAGAAAUAAUAUUAAAACACACAAGUAUUAUAGUCAACUAUGGCUUUGAUUAUCAUAACAACUGCCAUGUCGGUUAUCUAUACUUUUAUAAAAUCCUUCACAGUACUGUAAAUGCUGGAAAGUAACAGAUAUAAUAAAUUAAUCCCAAAGA